CUGCAGCAUAACAUAUUCAAAGACAAUAUCUGGCAUCCGACAUGCGCUGAUGACAUAUUUGACUAUGUUUCCGACCUUUGUGAGUAUCCCGAGAACUCCCCAAACCUGGCAAAUCUAGACUUCGCGGACCUCCUCUACCCUAUCUCCACCGUGAUGGCAAAUGCCUACGAGUUCACAACCCUACGUCUGAUUCUGAUCCUCUCGGAUUCCAGAAAGAUACCAGACUUGGAUCUGGAACAACUGCAUGAACUCAGGAACGAGGGGUUGAUUAUCGAUGCAGUCAAUCUCACUCAGGCAGUGGCCCUGGACGGUCCGUCAGUGCCUUUGCAGGUCAGCUUUUGA